GGGGCCUAAGGCCCUGCGGCCCGCGCCCGCCCCCGACCGGCGUCACCACCGGCCCUCUGCCGGUUGGGACCCAGCGGCCCGGGUCCGCGACUUCCGGGGCGCCCUGCGCGGGACUCCCCGACUGCUCCGCCCUGUCCAAUGGAAGGGCCGGAGAGACCCGCGCCCCAGCCCGGAGGCCGCGUGGCUCGGCUCCUCAGAGGGGCCCGAGGGGGCGGAAGCCGAGGCCUCCUCCCGCCGUCGCGGUGAAAUGGGGAGGUCGCGAGCUGGGAGCCCCCGGGAGCUUCCGGCCGGCUGCCGCCGCGGCAGAGCUGACGUCGCAUGCUUUGCAGCCUCCGGUUUCCCGACCUGCCGGCACUGGUGCCCCAGACUUUUCCCCCCGCAGAUUUGUGAACUGUCAGGGCCGGCACUGGAGAAGAAGGUCAAAGGGAAGUUGGACUGGGGACUCCUGAGCACCCGUCCUUGGUUUCUAGGCUGCAAGAGUGGCCGAUAGAACGAUGCACGUUAUUGGUUCUCUUUCCCCCAUGGGAGGAUGAGCAUUGGGGGUCCUUGUCAGCGCAUGUUUGGAAUCCCCCAAACUUUGUGGUUAAGAUGGGAAACUCUUGUCUAGUGAUGUGACUCAUUACGUGAUCCCAGACUGGAAAGUUGUUCAAGAUUAUCUUGAGAUCCUUGAGUUUCCUGAGUUGAAGGGAAUUAUUUUCAUGCAAACAGCUUGUCAAGCCGUACAGCAUCAAAGAGGCCGGAGACAGUAUAACAAACUGCGAAACCUGCUGAAGGAUGCCCGUCGUGAUUGCAUCCUCUUUGCUAAUGAAUUCCAGCAAUGCUGCUAUCUGCCUCGGGAAAGAGGAGAGUCCAUGGAGAAGUGGCAGACCAGGAGCAUAUACAACGCGGCUGUUUGGUACUAUCAUCACUGCCAGGACAGGAUGCCAAUUGUUAUGGUGACAGAAGAUGAAGAGGCAAUUCAGCAAUAUGGAAGUGAAACAGAAGGAGUAUUUGUGAUUUCCUUCAAGAAUUACCUGGACAAUUUCUGGCCUGAUUUAAAAGCUGCCCGCGAGCUUUGUGAUUCUAUUCUUCAGUCUCGACGGGAAAGAGAGAAUGAGAGUCAGGAGAGCCAUGGGAAGGAGUAUCCAGAACAUCUUCCCCUGGAAGUGUUAGAAGCUGGAAUUAAAUCUGGACGCUAUAUCCAGGGAAUUCUGAAUGUCAACAAACACAGAGCCCAAAUAGAAGCUUUUGUUCGACUUCAAGGAGCCAGCAGCAAAGAUUCAGAUUUAGUCAGUGACAUCCUAAUCCACGGGAUGAAGGCUCGAAACCGCUCGAUUCAUGGGGAUGUGGUAGUUGUGGAGCUGCUCCCUAAAAAUGAAUGGAAAGGAAGGACCGCAGCCCUGUGUGAGAAUGACAGUGACGACAAAGCCUCGGGCGAAUCCCCAAGUGAGCCCAUGCCUACAGGUCGAGUGGUGGGCAUACUUCAGAAGAACUGGCGGGAUUAUGUGGUGACAUUUCCAUCCAAAGAAGAGGUCCAAUCUCAGGGCAAAAAUGCUCAGAAAAUUCUGGUUACACCUUGGGAUUACAGAAUUCCCAAAAUUCGAAUUAGCACUCAACAAGCAGAAGCCCUCCAGGAUUUCAGGGUGGUCGUGCGCAUCGAUUCCUGGGAGUCAACAUCUGUGUAUCCAAAUGGACACUUUGUGCGUGUUUUAGGAAGAAUCAGAGAUCUGGAAGGGGAAAUUGCAACCAUCCUGGUGGAAAACAGUAUUUCAGUUGUCCCUUUCUCAGAAGCUCAGAUGGGUGAGAUGCCAGUGAACACACCAGAAAAUCCCUGGAAGGUGAGUCCUGAAGAGGAACAAGAACGUAAAGACUUGAGGAAAAGCCAUCUUGUGUUCAGCAUUGACCCCAAAGGUUGUGAAGAUGUGGAUGACACACUCUCAGUCAGAACUUUACACAAUGGCAACGUGGAACUUGGGGUCCACAUUGCAGACGUCACACACUUUGUGGCACCAAAUUCUUAUAUUGAUAUUGAAGCCAGAACAAGGGCCACCACUUAUUACUUAGCAGAUCGUCGUUACGACAUGCUGCCUUCCAUCCUCAGUGCUGAUUUGUGUUCCCUCCUGGGAGGUGUUGAUAGGUAUGCUGUAAGUAUCAUGUGGGAAUUGGAUAAAACCUCUUAUGAAAUUAAGAAAGUGUGGUAUGGCAGAACCAUUAUUCGAUCAGCAUACAAACUGUUCUAUGAAGCAGCCCAGGAACUACUGGAUGGAAACUUCAGCAUUGUUGAUGAUAUUCCAGAAUUCAGAGACUUGGAUGAGCAGAGCAGACAAGCCAAGCUGGAGGAAUUAGUGUGGGCAAUUGGAAAGCUGACUGACAUAGCUCGCCAUGUCAGAGCUAAACGAGAUGGAUGUGGUGCCCUGGAACUGGAAGGGGUGGAGGUUCGCGUACAGCUAGAUGAGAAAAAGAAUAUUCACGACCUCAUCCCCAAGCAGCCCCUGGAAGUCCAUGAGACGGUGGCCGAAUGCAUGAUCCUGGCCAACCACUGGGUGGCCAAGAAGAUCUGGGAGAGCUUCCCUCAUCAAGCCUUGCUGCGCCAGCACCCUCCUCCACACCAGGAGUUCUUUUCGGAACUCCGGGAAUGUGCAAAAGCCAAAGGCUUCUUCAUAGACACACGGUCCAAUAAAACACUGGCUGAUUCUCUGGAUAAUGCAAACGACCCCAACGAUCCCAUCGUGAACAGGCUGCUGCGCUCCAUGGCCACGCAGGCCAUGUCCAAUGCUCUGUAUUUCUCCACCGGAUCCUGUGCGGAGGAGGAGUUCCAUCAUUAUGGUCUUGCAUUAGAUAAAUAUACCCACUUCACUUCUCCAAUAAGAAGAUAUUCAGAUAUUGUAGUACACCGCUUGUUAAUGGCAGCCAUUUCAAAAGAAAAGAAAAUGGAAAUUAAGGGAAAUUUGUUCAGCAACAAAGAUCUUGAGGAAUUAUGCAGACACAUCAACAACAGAAACCGAGCAGCACAGCAUUCUCAGAAGCAGUCUAUUGAGCUCUUCCAGUGCAUGUACUUCAAAGACAAAGACCCUGACACCGAGGAGCGUUGCAUAUCUGAUGGAGUUAUUUAUUCAGUUCGAACAAAUGGUGUGCUUGUAUUUAUACCAAGGUUUGGGAUUAAAGGUGCUGCUUAUCUAAAAAAUAAAGAUGGUUUAGUCAUCUCAUGUGGCCCAGACAGCCGUUCUGAAUGGAAACCAGGAUCCCUUCAACGAUUUCAAAACAAAAUUACCUCUACUACAACAGAUGGGGAAUCUGUUACAUUUCAUUUGUUUGACCAUGUAACCGUAAGAAUAUUCAUACAGGCCUCACGCUGCCAUUCUGAUACCAUCCGACUUGAAAUAAUAAGUAACAAACCAUACAAGAUACCAAAUACAGAACUUUUUCACCAGAGUUCCGCCUUGCUGAAGAGUGAGUUAGUGAAAGAAGUAACUAAAUCUGUGGAAGAAGCUCAGCUUGCCCAAAAAGUCAAAGUAAACAUCAUUCAGGAAGAAUAUCAAGAAUAUUGUCAAACAAAGGGAAGGAGCCUAUACGCACUUCUAGAGGAGAUAAAGGACCUAGCUCUCCUGGAUGUUUCAAACAAUUAUGGAAUAUGAAAGACUCUUACUUCACUAAGCUGUCACAUGUGAAUCUUUUACAGUCUUUUCAAACCUAACAUUUAAUAUGUGUCACUCUAGUCGAUCAGGACUGGGUAACUAUUUCACAUACAUGUAAAAUGUUCUCUUACUCAUUAAACUUGCAUUAAAUGAA